AUGAAUAGAACCUCGUAUCGCCUCAACGCCCCUCUCGCCGUUUACUACAACAAGACUGCCAUGACAGAAGCCGACGCAUCCUCUGCGCCAACAACAUCCGGCGACGACAUUGAAAUAACCCUCUCGCACCACGGCAAAGCAAUCGCAUUACCUUUUGCACAAGAUGCCACCAUUUCAGAUCUUUCAGAGCGCGUCGCGACAGACUUCUCAAUACCACCCUCGAACCAAAAGUUCCUCGUAGGCGGCAAAAUCGGCCUCCAAAAACCCCCCUUCAAGAAUCCAUCUCUCCCGCUUACAGAGCUCGUCUCGAAGAAGAUAACUCUCAUGGGAAGCACAUCAGAAGCUGUGUCGUCCCUCAAUAACACCAUAACCGCCGCCUCCGCCCCCCGCCGCCCCGGCCCCAUAAAAGCCGCGACCCCAGCCCGAAAUCGAGACUACAAAAAGAUACAGGAGGAGGCGCAAUAUACAUUCCACACUUUGCGGCCGUUGCCCUAUCUGCCGAACCCGGACCGCUCCCUCCGCUUCCUCGAACGCCUCCGCGACGAUGCCGGCAUAAAAGCUGCCAUGCGAACCCAUAAGUUCAGCGUUCCUCUCCUCACAGAAAUGGAUCCCGCCAUGCACACCACAAUGGAGUCCCGCACACUGGGGCUAAACAGAAACCAAGGCGAGGUUAUCGAGCUACGACUUAGGACGGAUGCGUACGACGGAUAUAGGGAUUACAAGACUAUACGCAAUACACUGUGUCAUGAGCUUGCGCAUAAUGUUUGGGGGCCGCACGAUAGGAAUUUCUGGGAGCUGUGUAAGCAGAUUGAACGGGAGGUUGCGAGGGAUGAUUGGAAGAGUGGAGGGAGAAGCGUGGGGGCUGAGGAGUUUUAUAAUCCUGAUGAUGAUGGGGAGCAGGUGCAUGAUCAUGGGGGGUGGACGGGUGGCGAGUUUACCCUGGGGAGUAGUGGGAAAGAGACCGUGGUUAGUAGUGCUGGGAGUGGAAGUGUACAUGCUGGUGCGUUGAGUAGGAGGGAGGUGCUUGCUAGAGCUGCGGAGGAGAGGUUCAAGAAGACGAAGAAAGCGGAGGAUGAGGCCAGUGGGAGCAGUCAGUCUUGA